UAGCUGGAAAACAUGAAAAACAGUUAUUUUUGUGUCGCCUCGGCCAGCCAGUGCGCACGCGCCAAAUGCGUCGACGUCAAGUGCAUGUGAUAAUGAUUGGGGAGAAGGCAUGUGCACAAUGUCCACCGCGCGGUCGUCCACCUGUUCGAGUGUAGCCGACAAAACAUUUAGCUUCAUACGUUUGAAGUUUGUGUGAAAUGUAUCUCCGAGUCUGUGAAUCAGCCUUUAAAAUAACCAGUUAGUGUUAGUCACCACCGGCAACUCGGACAGACAUGGACUUCUUUCUUUAUAGGAAAUAAAACCAGCUUCAUUACAGCGAGCUGUCGGGGUUAUCUGCGUUAACAGAACCCUCUUACAAGCUGCUGACAACUUUGUAGGCUGUAGGAAACGAAUGGUGGACAUAGCAGCUGGUCCUGUUUAAGUGUCUGCUGUCCCCCUUUUAUCUAACUCUGCCGGACUGCUUCUUCUUCUGCAGGAUGACUACUCCCCAAGGUUACUUGCUUCAAAAGUGUCUCAGGUGUCUAAAGACAGACCAUGAUGAGGAACAUAGAAGCUCAAGCUCCCGCAUGAAGUGCGAAAGGGCGUAAAGGAUGGCACAGAGGCUCUUAUCGUGUCAGCACAAGUGUCCCUAAACACCAAAUCCACAGUGGGAGAAGUCUGCCACAGCCGGCAGGGCCCAAGCAGCAGACUGCCACGGUGAGAGAAACCACUAAAGCUGGUUGAGAACAGCAGGGCUCCUGUGGGACUGACAGUUCCAGGCAGACGAGCAGCUGCCGGUAAACCAACCAUAUAACCAUAGCGGUGUGUGACAAGGAACAGAAAACCAGAGUUGUGAUAGCCGGGCAAUCCCCAGUGGACGGCAACAUCAAGAAGAAAGAGCACAUAAGGCAAGAUAACUCUCCUUUGGAAAUGACCAACAUAAAGUCCAAAUCACAGAGCCAGAGCGAUGAGGCCGAGGGCCCGGAUGGAGGCUGGGGCUGGGUGCUGGUUGUCGCCAUGUUUGUCAGCUCGAGCCUCGUGUUCGGCCUGAUGCGGAGCCUGGGCAUCUUCUUUGUGGAGUUCGUUCAGUACUUCGAGGAGAGCGCCCAGGCCAUCUCCUGGAUCUCGUCCACCGGCCUGGCAGCGCAGCAGUUCUUCAGUCCACUGGCCGCUGCACUUUGUAAUGCUUACAAUCCCAGAGUGGUGGUGAUGACGGGAGGCUUUUUGGCUGGCCUCGGCCUCACACUUGCCUCGCAGUCCACCUGUCUCGUACACCUCUACCUCACGAUGGGAGUAAUUUCAGGUUUUGGAUGGGGGAUGGUCUUCACUCCCAUGGUGGCCACAGUCAUGGCUAAUUUCACUCGCCGGCGUGCCCUGGCUCUGGGACUGGGGUUCUCCAGCAUCGGCCUCUCCUCCUUCGCUUUCAACCUGCUCUUUCAGCUGCUGGUGGAGACGUACGCCUGGCGAGGGGCCCUGCUGAUCCUGGGGGCUCUCAGCCUCAACAUUGUACCCUGCGGGGCGCUGAUCCGUCCGCAGCGGCGCUCUAAAGCACCAGCAAAGGUGGAUUCAGAGACAAAGUCAUGUGCAUCCAUGCUGCGGCGCAUCGCCUCUUACCUGGAGCUGUCCCUGCUGACCGAGAGGCCCUAUCUCACCUACACUUUGGGCGUUACUCUGUUUAACGUCGGCUACUUCGUGCCUUACUUCCACCUGGUGGCCCACAGUCGCCAAGUUGGCUUCUCAGAGUACCAGGCUGCCUUCGUUAUGUCAGCUGCAGGUGCUUCGGACAUUUUGGGGCGCGUAGUGUCGGGCUGGUUCUCCGACCUGGGCCACUUUCGGGUUGUUCAUUUACUGACCUUGUGGACAGGCCUAGCAGGAGUGUUUAUCAUGCUGCUGCCAGUGAGCUCCAUGUCUGGCUCCUACGCCGCUCUGAUGGUGAUCAGCCUGCUUUAUGGCUUCUGCUCUGGGGCUUUGACCUCCGUGGUUUUUGCGGUGGUGCCCAUGAUUGUGGGCGUGGAGCGCACGAUGGGGGCACUCGGACUGCUGCAGCUCAUCGAGAGUGGUGCUGGACUUCUGGGGACUCCUUUGUCAGGAUUCCUGAAGGACGUCACAGGAAACUACAUCGCCUCCUUCAUGGUGGCCGGCUCCUUCCUCCUCCUCGGUAUGCUGACCAUGACCACCCUGCCUCGCUUUUUCUCCUGUACUGAUCCACGGCCUCCUCAAAGACGUUCCCUCGAUGCCAAAGAGAACAUUUUGGAUUUAGAGCUGGAGCAGAUGAAUAGUUCGCCCUCUGACAAAAAACACACAGUGGAGUCGAAUGAUCCAGCAAACCCAAAACUCUGUUAGUAGAUAGAGCCUUGCACAUUCUGAGCACACAAUCAAAAUGCAUCCUGUUGCACACCUCCGUGAGCAACGAUGUAUUCAUGUCAUACCUCAGAGACUCAGUGAAAGCUGAAGCUUCCUGUGAAACUCGUAGCAGCUGUAAGGGAGCGGCGAGCUCCUCGCUCUGUUACAAAUACGAACCUCAGUUUAACGCUGGAGCUAGAACCUUCUGCCUUAAAGGAAACUGGACAUUUUUUAAAUCAUUCACGUGACUGUUUUUGACAUGUGACAUGCAAAGUGAGGUGCUGUUUUUUUUUUUUAAUUAAUCAAUUUUAAUUAUUAUUUUUUGUUCAUGUGAACAUGAAACCUGAGUCUGAUUUUUCUGCCGAAGACUGGCCAGGAUCUUUUAUAUUUGCACACACAUUCUUUGAAUGUGGCACAGCUCGAAAAUUAAGCAAAUGCUUGAUCAUCACAGCUCAGUUGAGUAACAACUCAGUUAAACUUCAGGGACGUCGGUCCGUGCUGUCAAGAAGCAUCCAUGAGUCCCUUUCACCUUCUUCAAUACAAAUGAAAUCAUGCUCAAGUCAGGAGGGAGCGAGCAGUGGUCCUUUUUUUUUUUUUAAAUGGGGUUGUUUCCUCUGCAGAGCAUAUGUCGUCACUUUGGUUUACAUUAGAGCAGGUGAAAUGAUUCAGUGGUUUCUCCUUCCUCUUCCAAAUGGAUACACCUGAACUUUACCUGAAUUUGUGUUAUACACCGAUGGUCGAGUGCUCUCCUCAUUUAUUUCUAGAUACCCUCCAUAAAGUGAGUCUCUUUUUUAAAUUUUGCGCCAUCAUUGCAUACACUUUUACUAGCUUGGCAUGACAGGACUAAUGUGUGAAACAUUAGCUCUCUGACCUGAUCUGCACGUGACAAUGUUUUAAUUCGGAGAAACCCAGUAAAUUGAGCUUAACACCAGUGGCACACUGGUUUUGGUCGAGUUACUGACAGGUCCUGUGAAAGCUUUUUCAAGGUUAUUAUAGUUAAUUAAUACUAAACCUAUGCAUGGCAAAAACUUGCAUCACUUCAGUCUGAGAAGCAGCCUCCACAUUAAGGCUGGAGUCUAAAAAUUAUUCUGAAACUGAUUUAAAAAAAAACUAAAAUAACAUUGUUAAACGAGAAAUUAAACAAAAUAAAUUUCAGUUCGUUGAAUAGGAUAUGAAAGAAUCAGGUAAAACUAAUGGAAAGUAAAACGCUACAAUACAUGUGUUUUUUUGGACUUUUUAUAUUCUUAACCCUGUCAUGCCAAAUGUAUCACACAUGAGCUGAUGUAUGAGUUUGUAACACUUCUAUAUCGUUGUCAUCAUCAUUAAGCUUAAUUAAAUUGCACAGUAGAUUUUUAACCUAUAAGAUGCAAAAAAUGCCAAAUGUAGCAACUAUAGUACAAAUUUUGUAUUUAAUUAAUUAAAGCGUUUUGUAAGGUUCAAUAAGCUCUCGAUUUUCAAAAAAAAAAAAAGAAUUUUCUAGCAAUCACUUUGUGGUUUAAGCUUUAAAGGGUUACAUUUAAAGUUCUUCAGACAUACAAUAUCUCACAAUCAUAUGUGAGCCUCUGCUGGCUCAAAGAUGAGGUAAACCACAGUGCCAGCUGGUCUGGGUAAAAGAAUUUGUAUUUUAGAUGCUGACUGGAUUAUGAUGCUUCAAAUUUAAAGGCAUGUUAAACACACAUACACGCUCCAAAAUUAGGAGAACAAAUUCAACGACUGCAGUGGCUGUUUUUCAGGUCGACGCUGAUGAUGAUGAUUUACUGCUGCCUGCAAAUGCCUGAUUUAUGGUUGUAAUCUGUUGAAGCGAAUGUUUGGAUAUAAAAACCGCAGCAUGUCCUGUCCUGUUAACACCGAUUUAUUAUGAGCUCGGCUAAAUGAGCUGCUGGUGUCGACUCUGAACCUCAGGAAUUCCUCUUCCCACCGCUGCGUUUUGUUGCACAGCAGGAACACAAGACUGUGUUUUCUCAGUUGCGUUUUCCUGAUGACGCCGUCACCUUUUUUCCUCGAGCACUUUGUACUUUCGCUGACCGUAAACUAGAGCAGGCUUUGUAAACCAGACGUGUUUGGUUUGGAGAGCAGCCGGAUGGUUGCCAUGUUUGAAAGAAGAGCAUGACUGGAUCACUGUGACCUGCUGAUCAUUAGCACACUCGCUUACUUUAAAGGUGUUGCAAUGCAAAAAGCAGGUGGUCUGUGCUGAACAGCUUCUUAGUGUGUUCUUCCUCAACAGUCUGUGACUCUGGCGUAAAUUUACCUUGUCAGUUGCCUGCAAACUGUCAGUGAUUGUCUCCUUUAUUAUUAUUUUUAAAGAAAACAUGUAUUUUCUUUCAGUUUAUUUCAGUCUUUUCCUUAUCAGACAGAUCUUCACAGAGAUUGUUUUCAUCUAAAACGACUGCAGGAUGAUGCCGCCCUCUGCUGGGCUUUUGACAGAGAUACAAACCAUAUUCAUCUUCUUUAACCUCCUAAGACCCGUACUCGGCAUGCAUUUUUAAUUUCUCUUUGAUAUUUGGGCU